AUGAAUGGAAUCUUGGAAUUGGAAAAUCUGGUGGGUCUCGGGAUCCUCUGCUUACUUCUGAUGAUGGCAAUCUCAAUCUGGCUGAUAUACAUUUUUCAGUACAGUCAAGAAAUAUAUAAAUUGCAGAGAACUCUAAAUAUUCCCCAUCAAGAGAACAGCACCAUGCAAAAUGACAGGUACUUAAUUGAAGAAAUGUUGAAAAAUAAAUCUAUAGAUUAUGUUGCCCUCAAAAUGUAUCUGGACACACUCAAGAGAACACUGAACAGAUGCUACCAGGAAACUAAAUUUGUUGUAGAUUCCAAACAGCACAGAGGCGAACGGGUUGAAGGACACUGGUUCUGCUGUGGCGUAAAAUGUUAUUAUUUCAUCAUGGACAAUAAACGCUGGAGUGAAUGUAAACACACCUGCCGGGACUGCAGCUUAUCCCUAUUGACAAUAGAUGAUGAUGAUGAACUGAAUUUCCUUCAGCUCCAAAUUAAGCCGAACAGUUACUGGAUUGGGUUAUCAUAUGACCCAAAAACAAGGAAAUGGCAAUGGAUUGACGAUGGCCCAUCUAAACUGUGCAUGGUAGGGCAUCCACUGGAGAAAGGAUACAUACUGGUGGCCACCCCUCCUCCCGAGCCCAUUGCCCCACCCCACCCCACCCCCCACCCGCACCCCCGCAAAAGAGUAAAUCUCCCUUUUCCAGCAGCCGUCACCUAA